ACUGAGCAAACAGCGAGCAAAGAUGCGAGACUAUCUGGGGUUUUAUUCUGCUCAUCUGCGUGGCAGCUGCAAUUGAAGUUGCCGACAAGACACCAACACCAACAACAACAACGAUGCCAAAGACAACAACAACGACAACUGUGAAGCCGGAGCAACGUCCCAAGCGACAAUUGAUACCCGUCUACUAUGACAAUUUCAAUGCAAAUCCGCCAGUGGAGCCAGUGCAACCGCUGCUGCCUGUGGCGCCACUGCCAAGCUUGCAACCAGUGCAACCGCUGCAACCGAUUGCUGUCGUGGCACCCGUGCAACAGCAGCCCGGUUUUCUGCCCGCCUUUGCACAGAAUCUGCCGCUGGUCGGUCCCAUUUUGACCAGUCUGCCGCUCCAGAGUCUGUCCAAUAUGCUGGGUGGCCUCGGCACCACAGUCGGUGGCCUCAAUCUGGGCAACUUGGGUCAACUGGGCGCCUUGGGCAAUCUGGGUAAUCUUGGCAGCUUGGGUCAAAUCGGUAACCUGGCCAAUCUGGGAGGACAGAAGCCAGGAGGAGCAGCAGGAGCAACUGGCAGCCAAAGCUGUCCGCUUACCCAGAAGCUGAGCUGCCGCUGUGAACCGUUGUUGUCGUUGCCAUCGUUGCCGCAAGUUCGCGAACCUGAAACGCAGCUAAUCAAGAUAGUCAAACAGAAUGUCAGACGGAAUGCGGAUGGGUCGAGUGAGUUGCGUUUGGUGCUCAGCAACGCUGUCGUUCUCUAUCAUCGCAACGAGAAGGAUGCCAUCAAGCAGCAAGGAUACUUUGCGCUGCCCUUCCGCAAGGAGCUCUAUCUCAAUGUGCACUACAGCAUCAAUCAGAGCAACUACACCGUCAAGGCGGACAUUAGCGACUCGCCGCCAAAGUCGGACUUUGAAUCGUGGAUGCCAGUUGAGCCAGAGUUGGUCUAAAAGCAAUUACAUUAUCAUCCUUUUUUUGUAUUUUUUUUU